AUGUGGGCGAAGUCCCCUUCUCACCAGCUGUGUCUACGAACACAUGUUGUGCGCGUUGCCACCAGCGACGAAGCCCACACAGGCUACACCGCCUACAGUGCCCACUGCGGCCACAUUGCCUUCCGAGGUCACAUUGCCUUCCGAGGCCACACCGCUUACCGGGGCUACAUUGCCGUCGGAGGCCACAUUGCCCAUUGA